AUGAACCCCACUGAUCUUCGUGAGGGGGCACAACCGUUACUUCCUGCAUUUCCGCCUCCACCCGGUCAUUCAAGCAGUGGCGGCGGUGGUAUUCCCGACAGCGGCCUCCAAUUUCAUGGAGGAACUAGGCCCCUCUGGGCAACCGCAACUCCCGCUGUUGCUACCGCACCUGUGUCUGCUGCAGGCGUGCCACCAUCUCAAGUUGGAUUCAAUACGGGACUCCCCAGUGAACCGCAAGGUGCCGCCUACGCAGGUCGUGAGGGGUACGCUAACGCGGCCAUUCGGGCCUCAGCAGAUUUCUGGAAAAGUGAGCAAGCACGGCGGGUGGCGAUGGAACAGGCUACAGGAUCGGGAUGCAGUUCCCUCCCUGGGGAAUUCCGCGGUCCGGAAAGGGCCGAAUUUCCCUCGGAAGAGUUGGAGUUUCACACGGGGUCACCGAAGUACGUACUGCCGGUCUCUCUGCUUUUGGCUGUAGGUCUUUUUGGUGCUAUUCCGUUGAUGUCAUCAUUCGCGUUUGCGGUUCUUCUCACAGGAUGCAUUGUGACGUAUGUGGUGGAUUACGCUGGAUACCGUCUUGGAGGUGUGUUUGCCAUAAUUGCCACCACCCUCUGUUUCGGCUUUGCGCUAUUCCUGUCUAACCUGCGAGCAUCAAUUACGUUUUUAGGCCCCCUCUGUAUGAUAUUAACUGUGCAGGGGUUGCUAACAACCACCGCUAUGGCCGCGUUCCUUCACUUUCAUUGGUUGCAGGUUGGAUACCCGGAACUUGUGUGUUUGAUGGAGCGUAGUGUCUUGGGCGUUACCCCAAUGUUGGUACUGCCUUCACUGUUGUCCAGCACCACAGCCUUUGUCGGUUCGCGUCACGCCCCCGCGUGGUUCUUGCUGAGCAUGUGCGCUAUUCAUUGCUAUUUCUAUCGUCCACUGGAGAGUAGUUUUGUCUUGAGGCGUCGUGUGACCCGAGGGGAACAAGCAGACCUUGGUCAGUCACCAAAAAGGCGCGGCAAAGCGGAUGACGACGGUAACCGGAGUAGUGGUAUUGCUGGUGUUGGGGAGGAGGCUGGGGAAAGUUGGAUGCAGAUUAACGGAAAACCUGAAGCAGUUGUCUUCACAGUUCUUUUGUUAGUGCUACCGGCCACUCUCUACGUGGCAUUCCAGAGGGACCUGUACGAAGCAUGGCUGUCGAACAUCGUUAACGUUGUUGGCAUGGUCUGCGUACAGAUUCUGUACCUCUUUUGGAAACCGGAGCGUAGCCUAUGGUUCCUCCUGUCCAACAAGCAAAAUUCACGUGAGUUCUUUGCGCACGAUUCUUUCGGUCUGUGUGUAACUAUAUACCGGUAUAGGAGUUGUAUGUACGCUCUUGGUGCGCUGAUUUUACCCAAUUGGUGUGUUUAUCGGCUACUCAACUCACGAUACAGGUUUCUGUUCGACGGUGUGGCUCCGCCGAUCAAUGGUAUUCUUCUAUCUGUUGCACUGUACGCUGCACUUUUGGCUGCUUAUAUGACUAAAAAACUACUUGAUGCGGAUAAGGAGGGACGGAGCGUCCUGACGGACCGUCACAUGAAAGAGCGUAUGGUAGCCAUUGUGGCGGCGGCGGUAUCAGCCGUAUUUGUAGGAUUCGUUGUGGGGCUCCCGGGACCUCUCAUGUUCAACCUCGUUAUUUGCCUGUGCAGCUUUAACCUAUUUCUCAUUGAUCGCGGUAACGCAGGGCUUAUGUUCAUCUUUGCCUUUUUUUCGAGCCUGCUCCUCGCCUGGUGGAUGUCUCGGACGUUUUCUUUUGUGAUUCUCAGACUGCAUGUAUUUGGCGAAUCAAGAACGAUUCCGAGUCCUGCUUUGGCCGGUAACAUACUAUCGAGCUACUUCGUAGGCUGCAUGUCAUUCCCCCACGCGUUCACAGGCUUCAAGUUUUUGUAUGCAUUAACGCUUUUUCUUCAGUCAUUAAAUGUUGUUGUGGUGGAGCACAUUCUCUACUCUCAGAAAGAGGACGGCGUGUAUCCCGCUGUUCUCGUGUUAUUUACGAGUGUUGUUGGUGUGCUGUUGGUUUCACGGUUGCACAGGAACGGUGUGCUUGGCGCUGCAGGGGCCUCCCUGGUGGCGUCAUCGUAUAUUGCAAAACUCUUUAAAUUCUUGGUGGAGGUUACAGGCUCUUACUACGUGGAGGACGCAGAGAUGGAAUCGUCGGGGCCAUUAUUUGCUGUCGAGAUCACCACAAUGUGGUGGGCUGCACUGCUCUGUGGUUUUGUUGCCAUGCUUUUUGAACUAGAGAAAGUAUCGCAGAUGGGCAACAAAACCAUCGUCGCUACCGUGGUGUUAUUUGCCUUCAGUGCCAUGCUAAUGGUGGCGUCUACCGUACGGAAUUUUCAGCGUGCGACGUACGAGUUUCUCACGAAGAGCCAAAUCACCGAAGGGGAGGCCGCUUAUGUGUUUGUAGGUAUGUCCUGCAUCGUUUUUGGCGCUCUGACAUACCCUUUCUCAGCACGUCACCUUGGGGUGGGGCCGAUAAUGCGGCACCUGAAUUCUGUUGCACGUGGUGCUUUAGGCUUGGGUAUCAUUGUUCUCGCCUCGCAAGCUAUUCACCUAGAAAGCGCCAAAGAUGAGGAAGAAUUUGGAACCGAGGAGCUAGGCUAUAGCAAGCAGUGCGUGCUUGCCGGCAUGUUGCUUGUUGCAGCGGGUCGAUAUCUACCGAUGGCAUCCCUACCCAUGGCAAUUUCCGUCAUAUACUGGUUUGUCGCAACCUUUUUCCUGGUGGCUGGUCUUGGAACUUACCUUCUACCGACACCUAGCGUACUGUUGCUCAUUUCAUUGGGCGUUUUUGUGUAUUUCACAUUUGUUACGCUUGACGUUGCACAUUACCGAGAGAAGAGGAUGCAGUAUUUAUGGAUGUUAAGCACUGUUGCUGUGUGUUUCGCUGUUUUUUCUGUUGCGUUGAUGGGCCGCGGCGGCAUGGAGGAGAGCGACACCAGUGACGUGUUGUUGAUCUGGGAGACGCACGUGGUUGGCCUUCGGCGGUUGUUGUCGGUAGUAAGUGUGACAGGUCUUUUCACAGCUAUAUUAUUGAGAUUUCGCCUGGGUGGUGAGGCCCUGUUGCCAGGCGCAGUACCCAUAACGUCUGAGCUGAUGGAGCAUAUAGGCGUCGUUGUUAAUUAUAACGUCAUUCUGUCUGUUACCUGCUUGACAGUCCUGAACAUGUGGAAUCAUGACUAUGAACCAGGACUGCAUGUUGUAACAUCGCUUCUACUGCUUCUGCUGGUGAAAGACGACACAUUGUUCCUGGAACUGGAUCGAGAAAACUACCGCUACUUCCCUCCGCUUGCUUACGCACUGGGUCUGCUUUGGGGGUGUCUUAUUCACGAUGCGUACAGAGCUGGAGGAUCCCGAACUUCCAGCGUUGCUGCCGUGUUGCGGGAGGUGUUAUGUGCUCUUCCUUUGGCACCUUCACAUAUUUCACUGCUGACGUUGGUGUAUGCUUCCAAAAAAGCCGCACGGGUUUCGGUUAGGCCAGCAGUCGCCUUUGUUCUCGUUGGAAUUAUGACACUUUUAUUCUCGUCUCAGAAGGCUGUGCAGUGGAUGGCAGUCGUAGGGAUAUGUGGACACAGCGCGCGUCUUUUAGAGGCCCAACUCAUGGGCUUUUUUAGUGAUGUGCGAUAA